UUUAGUGGCAUCCACACAGGCCUCGAAUCUCAGUGGGCCGGGUCCAGAGCUCCGAAGUCACCAAAGCCAGUAAACAAUGCCCAAUCCACUGGUGUAGGCUAAGUGCGAUUCCAGUAAAUCGAGCGUAUCCGAGACCCGCGAGAAUCGCUAUUCCGCUUAAUUGGCCACCAGAGACUUCGUAGGUCACAGCUCGCAGCUUCCAGUUCCCCUGUGGCAGCAGCAUGGAGAAGUCAUUGGCCGUAACUCCCUGGAAAUACGGCCUGCUGGCCACUUGCAUUCUGAUUGUGACGUGUAAUGUGUUCUUUUUCUCCUGCGGAGUGGUCACCUGGGGCUCCGCUGUUUCUAUCUACGGCAGCUAUGGGGCCGCCAUCUGCGGAGUGGCGGUCUUCGGGGUGGCAUUCCUGGGCAUGUACGUGGCCCUGAAGGUGUCCUACAAGUAUUCCAUAUACUAUUUGAUUUGCAGUGGCCUGGUGAUAGCCGCCCUUGGCUCCUAUCUGUUCAUCUUCACGGCGAUGCGGGAGGAGCUGAUGGGCAGGUUUGAGGAGCGCAUGCGCAGCCUGUUCGAGCAGAAAACGCACAGCGAUGACCAGAUGCAGCCGGUGCAUAGCCUCUUCGGCUGUUGUGGCCUGAACGGACCGCAGGACUAUUUGAAGGAGGAGCACGGCGCCCUGCCCAGCAGCUGCUGCUACGCCUUCGACUGCUCCAAGCCGACGCACAUCUAUGAGGAGGGAUGCUCCACUAAGGCGGCCGGAAACCUAAGGAUGCAGGCGGAGCUGAAUUACUACAGCUGCAUGGCAAUCAUUGCCCUCGAGUUCAUGGGCCUGUUCACAGCCUACUAUUUGGGCAAGGCUCGCAAGUAUGCCAAAACCAAGAUCAAGGACGAGGAGACCCCCAUCAACGAAUGAUGUCCGAGGAUGUCUCUGCUUAGCGUUGCUCGUAAUACAAGUUAACCAAAUUAGCUAAUUUGCCAUUAGAGAAUAAAUACUUUCCAUAUGUUAAACGAGAA